AUGAUAAAUGUUCCCAGGCCGCCACCUAUUAGGUCCAGUUACGCGCAGGCUGAUAAGACAAACUGGUGCGAGUUUCAUAGAGGGUAUGGGCAUUUCACAAACGAUUGCUUUAAUUUACAGAAUGUUAUUGAACGAUUAAUUAAGGAGGGAAAGUUGCAAAAGUAUGUGAGAAGGGGAGAAGGAGAAGCAUGUAGAGAAAGAGACGAUAAAGGCAGGCGACCAGAUCGAAGUCGCAGCCCGCCCGGAGGAAGAGGUAGAAAAACAAAUAGGGGCCAAAAGAUAGAAGUACAGACAUCACCCAGCCAAGUACAGGUGGGGCACAUAUGCACUAUAGCAGGAGGGCGAGCUCGAGGUGGAGAAUCAGGUAAUGCUCGAAAAAAGCAUUUAAAAAUGUGUAUGGCUAUUUCUGAGAAGCCUCGUUUUAAAGAAGAAAGAAGAAAGACGGGUAAACAGAUAGUGUUUGAAGAUUUGGAUGAUGAGAUUUUGGAUCCGAAGCAUGACGAUCCUUUAGUUAUUUCAGGAUUAUUAGCAAACUAUCGAGUUGAUAGGAUGUUAGUAUAUCCUGGGAUCUCGGUGGACAUUAUAUUUUGGGAUGCAUUUAGGAGGAUGGAUUUAGAUUGUGAUCAGCUGGAGCCAUGUGGAGCUGAUUUGUUGGCCUUCACAGGAGAUAAAAUUAAGCCAUUGGGAUACAUACCAUUAAAAUUAACACUAGGCAAGGCGCCUACACACAAGAUAGUGACUUUGUCGUUUGCAGUUGUGGAUUUGGGGUCUGUGUACAACAUUAUUUUGGGAAGAUCGUUCAUGAAGAAGUUCAAGAUCUUCUUGUCAAUAAAUCAGUUGGCUAUGAAAUUCGUGGCCAAAGAUGGAAAUAUAGCUACAGUAAGGGCGGAUCAGGUGGUCACUCGAAGUUGUUAUGACAUGAGUUUAAGGAUUCCACAUGAAAGCAAGAAAGAAAAAGUAAAAGUAGAAGAAAUAAGGCCAGAGGGAGGUAAAAUGAUGGAGUAA